UAGCGUCGUGAAACACCUUUCAUUGUAUUGACUAUUGACUGAUUCUGAACACAGAGAAUAAUGUAUAAAGUUAAUUUACCAUAAUAUUGUCUUAGUUGUUAUUGAAAUAUGUUGUAAGAUACCUUAGUUAAGUGAAAUUAUGUCUCCGUUUACGUGAAUGUGAAAGGAAUCAGCCUGUGGAGUGCUACGCGGCCAUUUUACUUGCAAUGCGGCAACGGUGUACGGUCCGCCAUUGGAAACGUCCUGUGUCUUUUUCAUGAGUGUAAGAUUCGUAUUUUGUAUAAAAUCUUGGUAUAUAAUCAAGGAAUAACCAUGUGUGAUAAAAGUGUAGUGCGGACUUUAGUGUAGUGAAACAUGGUGGUCGGGUGAUACGAAUAAUGUGCGAACGAUGGAAAACGAAGUGAAGCAGCGCAAUCAAAGAAAUAGACGAAGGGAGCGGGCACAGCGCAUGCAAGCACAGCGAGAGAGUAAAGUUAAGGAUGGAGACAGCGGCGAGGAUGAGUCUCCGGCACGAGAAAAGCCGCCUCGUCCUCCCGCCAGGAGAAAAAAGUCGAGGGAGCCGCUGGGAGAAGAAGAUAUCAUUGACGGCUUCGCCAUAAUGGCAUUUCGUACCUAUGAAGAUCUGGAGGCUGCUGUAAAAUGUGCUUCCUCGCCUCGUACCAAUGCAUUGUCGGCGAAGUCUCGAUUACCAUUGGCAGCCCUGGCGGCAGACACGACUCGUAAUCAUCCACCAAACAACGUCAACUCUCAUGGCAUUACGCUGCUUCAAGACGCUGGAACGUCUGACGACAGUGGACGAGCAUCAGAGAGACUCACUGGUAGUUCAGUGGCACCACGAGACCCCGAUUCAUCUCGUGAUCGUCUAAGUGACGCCAGUAGCCGCUGUAGUUCCGGAAAAGGCUAUAUCUGUGAUAGUGAAGGCGAGGAUGACAAGGCCAGUCCAGAAAAUAGUCGAAACGCUUCACCGAGAUAUCAUGACGUUUCCAUGGAUGAUGCAUCCGAUGCGGGCUCUCUAUUACGUGUGGCUGGUACAAAUCCUGUAAGUGCAGGUGCAGGCGGCGGUUGUGGCGCUGGGAAAAAUGAGCUAGUUGCAAGAGGUGGAAGCGGUGGUGCGCUGGCUCUGUCCCGAGCACCUGUCGGGGGCAGUGCUAGCCCGGCGCCGGCACCGCUGCCGCAACCUGCCCCAUCUCCCGCACCUGCCGCGCUGCCUCCACCGGCCUUACCGCCGCCGCCUUUNGGUACAAAUCCUGUAAGUGCAGGUGCAGGCGGCGGUUGUGGCGCUGGGAAAAAUGAGCUAGUUGCAAGAGGUGGAAGCGGUGGUGCGCUGGCUCUGUCCCGAGCACCUGUCGGGGGCAGUGCUAGCCCGGCGCCGGCACCGCUGCCGCAACCUGCCCCAUCUCCCGCACCUGCCGCGCUGCCUCCACCGGCCUUACCGCCGCCGCCUUUCAGGGCAGAUACACCUCAUAGGCCUAACGGGGCGCAUAUUCCGACACUCGAUGGACAUGCCGCAACUCAAAUCCCUGCGAGACCAGUAGGAGCCGCCGGUCCCGAUACACCAGAGCGUCCAGCCAGCAAUAAUAACAAACUACAACCAUGUGCUCGCACAUCCACGGACAGCCCGACGCCUGCACCGCCCGCGCCACCAGCGCCGUCGCCGCUCUUCCCGUCGCAUACAGCCUACCAGUCGCAGUCACAUGCGGCUGCAGCACUGCCAGACUAUCGACACACAAACCACGAGACGCGGACAGAUUCUCAAGACUCGCAAGCUCAAGCACCUCUUGAUCUUCAAGCGCAUCACGCGCCACGUCCUCCUCAUAUUGCAUCGAUUGCAACACAACCUUCUCAUCCUAAUUUGUCGAGCCGUAUUCCACAUUCACAGCCUUAUCCAGUUAUACCAGCGGCGUAUCGCAGAGCGUAA